AUGAACACAGCAAAACCAACGUCAAAUAACAAAACAUUAGAGACAACUGGCACAGCGCAAAGGGUGUCUUCUUCAGCAGCAACUGCUACAGAUGCAAAGAACAGCGCAUCACCAGAGACAACAACGUCGACCCUAGCGUCUACUACAGCAGCAGAGGCGACUACCACGGCACAAGAAACAACUACUUCUAGCGCAACGACUACUACAGUAGCAGAGACGACUAGCUCAUCACCAGAGACAACAACGUCUACUACAGCGUCUACUUCAGCAGCAGAGACGACUAGCUCAUCACCAGAGGCAACAGCGUCUACUUCUACAGAAGCGUCUGAGAAAGCAGCAGAGACAACUAGCACAGCACAAGAUACAACAACUUCUACCGCAACGACUACAACAGCAGCAGAGACGACUUCCACAGCACAAGAUACAACUUCUUCUACCGCAACGACUACUACAGCAGCAGAGACGACUAGCUCAUCACCAGAGACAACAACGUCUACUACAGCGUCUACUACAGCAGCAGAGACGACUAGCUCAUCACCAGAGACAACAACGUCUACAACAGCGUCUACUACAGCAGCAGAGACAACUAGUUCAUUACCAAAGGCAACAGCGUCUACUGCAGCGUCUACUACAGCAGCAGAGACGACUACCACAGCACAAGAUACAACAACUUCUACCGCAACGACUAAUACAGCAGCAGAGACGACUAGCUCAUCACCAGAAGAAACAGCGUCUACUUCUACAGAAGCGUCUGAGAAGGCAGCAGAGACGACUAGCACAGCACAAGAUACAACAACUUCUACCGCAACGACUACUACAGCAGCAGAGACGACUAGCUCAUCACCAGAGACAACAACGUCUACAACAGCGUCUACUACAGCAGCAGAGACAACUAGUUCAUUACCAAAGGCAACAGCGUCUACUGCAGCGUCUACUACAGCAGCAGAGACGACUACCACAGCACAAGAUACAACAACUUCAACCGCAACGACUACUACAGCAGCAGAGACGACUAGCUCAUCACCAGAAGAAACAGCGUCUACUUCUACAGAAGCGUCUGAGAUAGCAGCAGAGACGACUAGCACAGCACAAGAUACAACAACUUCUACCGCAACGACUACUACAGUAGUAGAGACGACUAGCUCAUCACCAGAAGAAACAGCGUCUACUUCUACAGAAGCGUCUGAGAAGGCAGCAGAGACGACUAGCACAGCACAAGAUACAACAACUUCUACAGCAACGACUACUACAGCAGCAGAGACGACUAGUUCAUUACCAGAGGCAACAGCGUCUACUGCAGCGUCUACUACAGCAGCAGAGACGACUACCACAGCACAAGAUACAACAACUUCUACAGCAACGACUACUACAGCAGCAGAGACGACUAGCUCAUUACCAGAGGCAACAACUUCUACUGCAGCGUCUACUACAGCAGCAGAGACGACUACCACAGCACAAGAUACAACAACUUCUACAGCAACGACUACUACAGCAGCAGAGACGACUAGCUCAUUACCAGAGGCAACAACUUCUACUGCAGCGUCUACUACAGCAGCAGAGACGACUACCACAGCACAAGAUACAACAACUUCUACAGCAACGACUACUACAGCAGCAGAGACGACUAGCUCAUUACCAGAGGCAACAACUUCUACUGCAGCGUCUACUACAGCAGCAGAGACGACUACCACAGCACAAGAUACAACAACUUCUACAGCAACGACUACUACAGCAGCAGAGACGACUAGCUCAUUACCAGAGGCAACAACUUCUACUGCAGCGUCUACUACAGCAGCAGAGACGACUACCACAGCACAAGAUACAACAACUUCUACAGCAACGACUACUACAGCAGCAGAGACGACUAGCUCAUUACCAGAGGCAACAGCAUCUACUGCAGCGUCUACUACAGCAGCAGAGACGACUACCACAGCACAAGAUACAAUUACUUCUACUGCAACGACUACUACAGUGGUAGAGACGACUAGCUCAUCACCAGAGACAACAACGUCUACUACAGCGUCUACUACAGCAGCAGAGACGACUACCACAGCACAAGAUACUUCUACCGCAACGACUACUACAGAAGCAGAGACGACUACCACAGCACAAGAGACAUCGACUUCUACAGCAUCGACUACUACAGUAACAGAGACGACUAGCUCAUCACCAGAGACAACUACUUCUACUGCAACGACUACUAUAGUAGUAGAAACGACUACCACAGCACAAGAUACAACUUCUACAGCAGCGUCUACUACAGCAGCAGAGACGACUAGCGCAUCACCAUCGACAACUGCUACUACCGCAGCGUCAACUACAGCAGCAGAGACGGCAUCCCCAGAGAGAACAACAAGUAUUUCUUCAGUACCGUCACUGCAGUCUACUGAAGCUAAACAGACCACUUAUACAGCACCGUCUAACACAGAGACAACGACCUCUACAAUGUCAGUAAUUGACAUUACUACCACACAAGCAAUGAGGAAUAGAACAACUACAAUUUCGGAGAUGACUAGUGUAGUAACAGAGCCAACGUCAAAAGUGACGAGUACUAAACCACCAGCUACAGUGACACCAACGCCAUUCCCGCCACCCAAACCGCCAGUUAUCAAAGGUAAACAGUAA